GAAAGUAGCUUGGGUGAGCUGGACAAAAGACUCAGUUUAUAAUAUGAAUAAAAAUCGCUAAACUUUCUCAAGAGAAACAGUGGCGUUCGACUGGUACCGGGGCACCCUGUCACACGAUCAACGGAGGAGAAUCGCCGUGUGCUAUUAUUUAUAUCACUUGGAGGAAAAUAAAUUAGGUCAAAGUCAGAGCGCGGGGGACAAAGAGCUGAGGGGAACUUUCCCAGUAGACACCGGACACAUUAGACACGAUAGAAAUGUGUAGAUAGCUUGUCGUUUUCUUGAAAGAGCAAGGACAACAUGGAGAUCUAUGUAAUUCGUUACUGUAACUUCUUAGUUAUGAGCCAGUUUUGAACCCGCUGCUUCACGGUAUUUCAGUGGUUCACUUUUCAGUAUUGUAUGACACAAUUCAGACAAGAUUUACCAAUCCUGCCUCUACAGUGUAGUGGUUAAAAAUACUGAAGUUCCGAGUUCGGUUUCCGAGAAGCUAGGGGAGAAAUCUUUAUCUCGUUUUUCUGCUGAUAGAUUGGGUUCCUCUCGGUCUGUGUUGCUCUCGACAGGCAGGAUUGAAUUGAAAGCCUGUCUCUGGUACAUGAAUAGCCAAAAGGGCAGAAAACAGGACACGAGCGAUCUUUAGCCCACAUUCUGAUAAUGAGUCAUUUCCAAAAAUAGAAAGCAAUAGAGUGAACGUGGCCUUGCUUUUAGAUAGGAAGUUUGCACCACCAAAACAGUGACAAGGGCAGAUAAUUGCGUCAGAAAACCACUUGAGCCUAUAUAAUAUAAACCAUUACAGGGUUCAGACUUGGCAGUCUCGCUUUUGGUGACAGACAACAGUGACGACAUUCGCUGUUCUUCACAUUGCAGUAUACACUGUACCUGUAACUGUCCAGUGAAAUAGUUAAUUCACACGAAAAGUGAGUUUGAUUUUAAAUAGUAUUGCGUGCCCAGGGGAAACCGUCAGCGGUGACGUCAUUGCCACAGAAAUGAUUGGGUCCCAAGAAGCGGAUGUUCGAGGCCCACCUGCUGGUGCCCCCUAUCAGCCUCAGCAUGGCAACCCCCCGUCUUUUGCCCCGCCCCCUCAAAGUGCAGCUCUCCCCACGACCACAGCCGUCCCGCCCCCUAUGGCCUCCAGCUUCCCUGUGUACAACAGCAUGUCUGAGUCAAACAGCUCACCUCCCACGGAAGGAACACUGAACGACCUCCCGGGAUACAGCAGGAAGUCUUUAGUAGAGGCGUACCUGCUUGCCAUUUCCCCUUUAGGACUGAUAGGAGCUCAUCACUUCUAUCUGCGACGCUAUUAUUGGGGCAUACUCUAUUUCUGCACUAUAGGCCUGUUUGGAUGUGGGUAUUUGAUCGACUGGUUUCGACUUCCUUUUCUUGUUCGCGAAGCUAACGCUAAAAUCACAACCUACGGACAAAUUGGAGAAAACAAAAACAAGAAAUCACUGACAGAUGCAUAUGUGUUGUGGUUUCCGUUCGGUCUGUUCGGGUUCCAUCACUAUUACCUUGGUAAUUACGUAUGGGGACUUGCCUUCACUCUCACUAUCGGCCUUUUCGGUAUUGGUUGGUUAAUUGACGGAAUUCAAAUGUCCAGAUUGGUCAACAAUGCGAACCAGCGUCUGCAAGGCAUAAAUAGGAGUGAUAAAUCAGUGGCUGUGUCUUACAUGCUAGGAGUGACCCCUCCGGUAGGAAUUGUGGGGGCUCAUCACUACUAUCUGAAUCGUCCUGUCUGGGGUGUGACCUACACAUUCACCCUAGGUCUCCUGGGUGUUGGUUAUGUGUCGGAUUGGUUCCGCAUGCCUUGUCUUGUGAAAAGAGCGAAGGCUGCAGAGGCUGGGAUACUGCUUGAAAAGAAAUACGUGGAUGAUGCGUACAUAUUGUGGUUUCCCUUCGGUCUCAUUGGUUUCCAUCAUUUCUAUCUUGGCCGCCCGAUUUGGGGGUUUCUCUAUCUAUUCACUCUGGGUCUCCUUGGACUGGGGUGGUUUAUUGACGUAUUCCGGAUCCCGUUCCUUGUCAAAGAGUUCAAUGAGAAACACGAACAACAACUUAACGCCAUAUCGACCAACUACAGUUCCAAUGCGUCUAGAAUCAGCGGUAUGGACAACUUCCCUUCUGGCGGACAACAGACACCGGCGACAGUCGAAGUGGCCCACCCAGGAGCGUACAACCCAACAGCUCCUCAGGGCCCAGCGAUGCCAGGACCAAUGCCAGGACUAUACCCCCAAGCUCCUUACAACAUUAAUUCUCCUCUGUAUCAACAGUAUCCAGGUGAAUACGAUAAUCCAGGUUUCUAUCAGAACCCUGCACCAUAUCCUGUGGGCCCCGGCCUGGAACAUCCACCUGCUGUACUUCCACCAUUUGCCGUCCAGCCUCCAGCUUAUACCGAAAGCGGGGACAGUCACCAGAGGCAGGCCACAGACAACCCCCCACCCUACGAGGCGAGCAGCGACAGUGCUGUGGGGGUUAAUAAAAACUGAGGGAAGAGACACACCAGACGAAUCAUUAUUGAAAGCUGAUUUCGUCUGAGCUAGAGCCGAAAUCAGAAUCCACUGAUUUUGUCCCAGAGAGGUGCCUGCAUUGCCUAUAGUGCAUAUAAAGGGUGUUUUUUAUCCUGAUAAAUCUGUAAACACAGCUGAUGCCUCUACGGCUUUAUGUUCCAGACCAAGAGGCAGCGUAUAAGCUACAAAUAUUACAACAUCUCUACGCUGGCCUUCGUAGUUACGUCAAUAUAAGUCAUGAAAUACUUUUAUUACAAUAAGAACUAUAAAUUAUACGCUACUUGGUGGGUGACUUUUAUGAAGCUACAUUCUCAUAAACUGCGUUUGGAUGACAAAUGUUAAGGAAAAAAACAAAUCAUUAAUGCUAAGUUAAAGUGGAAUUUUGUUGGGUUGUUUUUGCUCUUUUCUUUCGCCUGGGCUGAAAAUGAGACGAAUCGUCAUAAGUCGCCUGAUUCUGUUUUCCUUAAAUCAUUACACGCAGUUCACAGGUGACAUCUGCGUUAAAAAUGAACCAUUUUUUAAUUUUUUUUUAAUUUUAAGAAAUACUGUUAUAUCUCUUAUUCAACUUUUAUUUUAACAUAAUAUUUCUAUUCUUGAUGAAACUCGCUCACUGACAUACUAAUUGACAUUAAUUGUAAGAGAUUCGAGGACAGAAAAUUUGGUUCAGCCCAUAGGCCUGUACUAAUUUUCAUUUAUCUAUAACGAAACUUUUUCGCCCUAGCAACAUAUUUCUUUUUUUUUUCUUUUUUUUCUUUCUUUUUUCUUCUUUUUUGAGUGACAAGUAGGCAAUUGUGUGUGUCAGAUGCGAGAUUAGAACAAAAAACACAAAACACCUAAUGAUUCCCGGGAUCGUUGAACAAGAUUCUUAUCUUGUCGAGUUGAGUGUUUCACAACCGAUUCAAGAACAACCCAGCUACUUGUUAAUCAGACACUUGACAUCUUUAAAAAGAACUCUUGUGUCAAAACAUAAAAAGACUCAAAAGCUGACAUUAUACUUUACAGUAAUAUACCAAAACAAAUUUGUGUUUACGGACUGAGGCCUAAUAAAUACUCAUGCAUGGGGCGUUCACCCCUCACUAUCGUCACAUAACAAUUUACGCAAUUUAAACGCAGAAAACUGUGUGUACUUUGUAGGUCGAAUUCUGCUCACAGAGGGAGCUUACUUUGCAUUCAUGUCGACGAACUCUUAAGUACAUAAUAUAGUAAUUGGGUCAAUGUUCUGAAGUAUACUUCUACAUUAAAAAACUUCUGUUUUCCACAUAACUCAACGAUUUUAGUAAAUAUGUCACUUGUAGAACGGUGGCUUGUUACUAUGACUUACGUUAUUAUUAAAAACAGGGAUGUUUGAAAGAGUUUUAUUAUAUAAUAUGUUAUUUAGAC